CCAUGAGGAAAAGGCGUUUCAGAAAACGGAGCUGUCCACGCCCAGCCUGAAAUUUGGGGGUGGCAGGCGUUAUCGAGGUCACGGCGCCCCGGAGUUGCCCUGCUUUGUUGUAUCCCCCAGAUGCCCAGCCGAGGGAUUCCAAUAUUUAACGUUAACAGCGCGGUCCCUCAGAUCCUGGAUGUGAUGGGCUAAGAGUUGCUGGGACUGAAUUACCUUUGUGGUUUAAGGUAACUUUGCUGAGAGAUGGCGGAGCAACGUCAGGACACGAGCAUGAUGGAGGAUCAUGCAGCUGGCCAGGAGAAGCACAUCCCAUCAGGCUAUCCCCUUCAGAUACCAGUCGAUGAUGGAUCGGAUGAGCCUGUUUCUGAAACAUCUGACGCUAAGAGCACCCCAACUACGGAAGAUGCCACAGCACCUUUAGUGGAGGAAGGAGACCACGAGGAUCAGGGUGGUGUCGAACAGCCCGGGGAGAUCCCAGAAGGAACCACAGCUGAAGAGGCAGGCGUAGGAGCCACUCCCAACCUGGAGGACCAUGCUGCAGGAGAUGCUGCGCAAGGGGAGCCAAGCUCUCCAAAGCUACAGCCUGGCCCUCAGGAGCAUGUGGGAGAUGCAGUAAAAGGAGAAAGCCAGCCCACAAGGCAGGUAGCUGGGGUUCUUCAGCAGCCUCUUGUGUCGCAUGAAACGAAGGCUACGACAGCAGCUCCCACCAGAAUCGAGGUCACCAUCCCAAUACCCCUGGAUAUGUACCAAGACUCCAGAGCCCCUGAAGACAACAAUGAGUUGUGGGAUCAUCGGGGCAGAGAAGGCAUUGGUGUGGAUCCAGCGCUGGGGGCAGAGCUAGGUCGCGAUGUGCGCACUGAGGGGUUGGCAGGAGCAGGUGGCACAGAUGACUCCCAUAUUAAAGAUGGGCCGUCUCCCGUAUCUACCAGAGCUCCAUUAAAAGAAGAUGCCAGUGGAUGGGAAAGAGAUGAGGACCGUGAUAUUGAUGAAACUUCUGAACCAGAUUUGCUUUCACUGGUGGGACAACAUGUUUCACCAGCACCUGAAAUGGACCUGUGUCCAGCAACAGCCAAGGCAUCUCAUGAAGAAUACGCCUUUGAAGAAAACAAGUCCAAAGAUGUCCUCAGAGACUUACCAAGAGAGGUGCUUUGUGUCGAAACCAAACCACAUAAAGCAGGAGAGGGCCAAGAGGAGAGGAGACAGCCGGUGAGGGGGGAAGAAGACACAGAUGUCACCCCAUCAGAGCCUUCUGAAAUCACCUCUCAAAAAGAAAUGGAGCCUGUGGAGGGAGAAGAUUCUAGACCUGUGCUAGAAACAGCCAAACUCCCCGUUGAGUUAAAAGAUGACAUGGGAGAUGAAGACACUCCUUUGGAAGAGGCUGUGCCGGAUACAGGAGAACGCCGGACACCCAAGAAGAAACCCUGUGCCCAUGUUGCAGAUAAAGCUGUCAGUCGUGUCCCUCUCCUGAAAGGUCGUAUUGACAGCAAAGACAAAGAAGGGACUGAAGCUGAGGAAAAGAAGCCGAAGAAAUCCUCACCUUCCACUGCCAAACCCCCAGGCGAUAGACCCUCCAUCCCCCCCCAACGACACACCUCCUCUAGCACAACCCCUUCGAAAACACCCUCCAGCCCUGCUUCCACCUUUAAACGAGUCUCUUCUGUCACAUCCCGACCUGCCAGUACAGGAACGCAAGAAGUGAAAGCCAAGGGCUCGGAGAUGAGAGGUGGCACGAAGACGGCCACACCACGGUCUGCGGCUGGGCAGGCUCAGAGGAACUCGACCAAUGCCACGCGCAUCCCAGCAAAGACACCCACGGCCCCCAAGACACCUCCCAGCUCCGGCAGAAAGGAGCAGAAAAAACCACCUCCUGCAGCAGCAAAGUCUGAGAAAGGUGAGCAGCCAAAGUCUGGAGACAGAAGCGGUUACAGCAGUCCUGGCUCCCCCGGGACUCCAGGCAGCCGUUCCCGCACUCCCUCUCUGCCCACCCCACCAGCCAGGGAGCCCAAGAAGGUGGCAGUGGUUCGCACACCACCAAAAUCUCCUGCCUCUGCCAAGAGCCGCAUCCAGCCGUCGGCUGCACCCAUGCCUGAUCUGAAAAAUGUGAAGUCUAAAAUUGGCUCAACUGAAAACCUGAAGCACCAGCCCGGAGGUGGCAAGGUGCAGAUUAUUAAUAAGAAGCUGGACUUUAGCAGCGUUCAAUCCAAGUGUGGCUCAAAGGAUAAUAUCAAACACAUCCCAGGAGGAGGCAGUGUGCAGAUUGUUAAUAAGAAGUUGGACUUUAGCAGCGUUCAAUCCAGGUGUGGCUCAAAGGAUAAUAUCAAACACAUCCCAGGAGGAGGCAGUGUUCAAAUCGUUUACAAGCCAGUCGACCUGAGCCACGUGACAUCCAAAUGUGGUUCCCUGGGCAACAUCCAUCACAAACCAGGUGGUGGCCAGGUGGAGGUGAAAUCUGAGAAACUGGACUUCAAAGAUAAGGUGCAAUCGAAAAUCGGGUCCUUAGAUAACAUCAGCCACGUCCCUGGAGGAGGAAAUAAAAAGAUCGAGACUCAUAAGCUGACUUUCCGCGAGAACGCCAAAGCCAAGACCGACCACGGCGCCGAAAUCGUCUACAAGUCCCCCACCAUCUCCGGAGAUGCCUCCCCGCGCCGCCUUAGCAACGUCUCCUCCACCGGCAGCAUCAAUAUGGUGGACUCCCCCCAGCUCGCCACGCUAGCCGACGAAGUGUCCGCUUCGCUGGCCAAGCAGGGCUUGUGAUCGGGGCAUGGCGGGCAAAGAUGAGAGAAGACAAGGGGAAAAAAGAAAAAAAAGAAAGAAAAGAAACAAAAAUAAUAAUCUGGCCUUCUUCCUCUGUUCCUUUUACAGCUGCUUCCCCAUCCCCUAACUGGUUAAUGAUUUAACCUGCUUUUACUGUUCAUUCAGCUCUAGCUCCAGGACUUCAAAAUCAGUGACACUAUGAGGUACAAAACCUCCUCUCCCCCUGCUCCUCGGAGCGCACAGCCCGUCCCCGGCCCCCGCUCCCUCUCCCCGGCCCCGCGCGAGGUCCCCCACCGUCCCGGGAGGGCGGGGAGGGGGAUGGAGGGGGCAGCCACGGCAGGACGCUGCCCCGAGCGCCGCAGCGCAGGGCCGGCUGCGGGAAGGGGACGUGACCUUCCCACGCUCGUUCCCCUAGCGGUGCCUGGGCCCGAGGCCUGGCGUGCAGGCGGCACAGGCAGCGGGCGCUGCAGCCAGGGACUGCAGGGAGGUGCCCUCCCUUUCUGCAUUAAAUUUGCCUGCUGAUUUGGAAGAAACCUUUUGUUUUUACCUCCGAAAGCCGAGAUGUGUAUGAAGGUAACUGCCAGGUAUCCCCUAAACCCGCUCUCAGCUCCGGCAGCUGGAGUGCUGGCGACGCCGGGGUGUCCCACUGCGGAAGGGGCCCUGGACGGCUGUUCCCCUCUCCGUGGCUGUGCUGGAACCGCUGAGUGGAUGAGUAGAGGCUUUUCCCCAUUCCUUUGGCAGCCCCUCGUGUCGUAGAAUAGAUUUGUCUGUAUAUGCUUGGACCGUGCCAGGGUGAUUGUUUUCAUAAAUGAGCAUGUGUUUAAAAAAAAAGGAUAUGCUGUAAGUAGUUUUGAGCUGCCCCGCGCCGGCUCUGCUGCAACCCAAGGGGGAGCUUUGCUGAGCUCCGGGUUGUGCCCAGACCGGGCGCCCAUGGGCGGCCCAGCACCGCAUGUCUGCUGGGCCCGUGGGUGGGCGCAGAGCCCCUGCCCCGCUCCCUGGGGAGGGCCGGGGGCUGUGGCGGGGCUCCCUGGCGCCGUCACCUCCCGGGGACGCUGCACGAGGGGCGCGCGCAGCUCCAGGGCUGAGAUGGCCCCUGGAUUUGGGUGCAGCUUGUAACAUUUUUUGGGUUGUUGUUUUGUUUUUUUUCCCCUGCAAGGUCAGCUAAGAGAUCACGGAGGCGGCAGCUCCAUGGCUCUGCUGUUCUCGUGCCACUGGCAGCGGUAGGAGACAACUGGGAGGACGCGAGGGGAAGGCGCGAGGGGGGCUUCAGCUGCUGCAUGUAGGCAGCUCCCCCCGGCCCCAGCCUGUGCUCGGGGGGGGCCGCUCCCUGGCGCUGACCCCCAGCGCGCUCGCCUGGUUUCAGUCUGCAGCGUGUCCCCCCCUCGGGGGGGGGGUGUGUGGUUGUGUGUCUCCUCCACCCAGCACUGGCACCCCCAGCCCCACACCGGGGGGGGGGAGAUUCAGGUCUUCUGCUGCUUUUGUUCCUGUGGCAACCCAGGGAGUGUGAGGGGGUGACUGGGGCCGUGCUGCGCCCUUGGCUGGCCCUGCGCGCCCCUUCCUUCCACAACCAAAGAGGCUGAGGUGCCAUCGGUGCAGCUCAGCGCGCGUCCCCCCGCCCCACGUCCUCCCCAGGAGACACCCGCUGGCCUGGUGGGGUAGAGCCGGGGACGGCAGAGGGGCCACAGACCGUGCCCACCCAGGUGCCUGCGGCAGGGAAAGCCAUGCUUUCCCAGGGAGGGGCCAAAAUCCUGGUGUGACUGGCAUGGCGAGGGGUCCGGGGGGCUGGGUGCCACCGAGGCUGCGCUGGCCGCUGCAGUGCGGGCAGGCAGCGUGUCCCCCCCGGGCAGGACCCGCUCCAGCCUUAGCAGGAGCUGCUGGACCUGCCAUGCUGCUGCGGCCAUCGCACACCCCGCACGGGCGCUGCAGCGUUGUCCUGCCCGGCGCUGAGGAGGAGGGGUGGGUUGGGGGGAUGGUGGUCGUUUUCGGGGGGGGGGGUCCAACCAUUGUCUCCGCAGCCCCAGGCGCUGCUCUACUGCUGGGAGAGGCUGGGCCAGCACGAACAAACAGGUCACACGAAAGCCCACGUCCCGCUUGUCACUCGCUCCGUUUCAGUUGACGCGCUGAUUGUAAGAGGCUGUACGCCGGCCUGUGACUGUAUCGGUGUCGGCUGUAGGAGCCGCUGCGGUUAUUUUUGUCCUUUGUAAAAUGAGCAAGUGGGAGAACCACCGACCGCCCGGCACCCCUCUGCCCCUUUCCAGCUGCAGGAGGGCGCGUAGCUGAGCUCGCCCACCCCCAGCGCCCGAGGGACACCAACACCCAGGGCCGGGGUGGCCUUAGUGCGCCAGGGAGCGGCGUCUUCCCGCUGCGCCUGUCCUCGGCUGAGACACCCCCAACCCUGUCUGCCGCCGGGGGUCCCGGGGCAGCCCUUACACCCACCACGGUGCCCGCUGUCCCCUUCCAGCGGCCCGAGCCACGGCCCCGACCCCGCGUUCAGACCCGGGCCGGUGGGUUACCACGAGCAGCUGCGCAGACUGACCCGUGGCUUUUCCUUUACUCCACACACAUCUUGGUCUGAAAAGGGUUAAAACUGGCACUGAUUAAAAAAACACCCCAUAUUUCUGCACUCAAAAAAAAAAAAAGAAAAAAAAGAAAAAAAAAAGUUAUUAACUGAGUUUCCGGUGCCCGACUGCCGGUGGUGCUGGCAGCCCCGCGUCCCUGCGCCGCGCCGGGGCGGGGAGGGAAGGUUUGAUCUCAGUGUAUCAUUCUAGCUUAGCUUCUGUCUGUGGGUGUCCAUAGUGUAUCGUGCGUUUUAACAACUGGUUUACACUGUUGCCGUAAAAGUGAAUUUGGAAAUAAAGUCAUUACUACAAUA